AUGGGUGGUGGCGGUCCCCCUCAUGAGCCCGUGAUCACAGGCUCAAGUGAUCGCUCGCCACCGACGCGCGCCAUGUCUCUCGUGAAGCGCCCACACCGUCGCCCAGACAGUGAAAUACGCCCUGCGCCCCCGACCCGUCCCAGCUUCCAUCACCAGUACACCAGCGAUCGACUCCGGGAGGGCUUCCAAAGGCCGCCCCCACUAUCCAUGGCUAGCAACAUCAGGAAGGACCGCAAGUCCAUAUUCAAGGAGCUGGGCCUGGACGCCGCCGACGACGACGACAACAACGAGCGGGGCGACACCACCACCCGCGCCGCCUCCUCCCCCGCCGAGGGAGACCACCCCCGCCGAGCCAGCACACCAGGCCCCGACAGCGGCGGCCGGGCGGCAGCAGCAGCAGCCCCCGGCAUAAACAAGUCCCCCGACAGGAGGCCGUGGUACGCGAGGCUGGCCGCGGGGGGAGGGCGGCGGCCGAGGGCGAAGUCAGUCGCGGGUGCGCGCCCCUCCCCCUUGCGUCUGGUCUCGGGACGCUCGUCGUGA